CCCGUCCUCCCGCAGAUGCUGGAGCCCUUGCCGCUCGUUAGCCACACCCUGGCUUGUUCCCCACUGCCUGUGCGGGCGCCAGAGGCCUUAAUUUGAACCUACAUCUGACGCCGUGCAUUUCCUGCCUUCCUCGUCUUGACGUUUGCCUCUCUGUCCGCCGUCUCUGCUCCGCCAGAUAUGCGUCUUGUCCUCUGUUCCACGCUUUCUGAACGUCCAUCCGGGUCUCGAAGUCAUCGGCCGUCACCAUGUCGAGACCACAAAUCGGCAUCGACCGCCUGCCGACCCGGCGCGUCUCCAACGAGCCGCGCGAGGCCAUGAACUGCAAGAGCUGCCGGAAACGCAAGAUCAAGUGCAAUCGGACACGCCCGACCUGCGAAGCCUGCCAGGUUUUCAACUGUCCAUGUAUUUACGACGCCGUCCCGAAGAAGAGGGGACCAAAGACCGACGUGCUCGAAGCCCUCCUGAAGCGCGUCGAUGGUUUGGAAAAGCGACUGCACUCGGAGGGCAAGAGUGAUGCCUCCCACGAGGAUGACGAAUCCGCCAUUCAGGAGACGAGCGACGAUAGCAAGUCCGCGACCGCACCUAUGCCGCCAGCCCGACCCAUCCUCGAGAUUGCCCCGAAUCCCGCCGGUGCCACAAAGCAGUUGAUGUCUCCCAUCGAGCCAAGCCUCCAAACACCAACCAUCGUACCCGAUUUGCUCCUGGACACCUACUUUGCCAGGAUUCACGGAAAGCCCUACCACAUUCUAGAUGAAACAACUACUAGGCAACGUUUACAGGCCAAUCAGCUCCCGCCGUACUUAGCCUACGCCAUUUACGCAGUGAGUGCCAGAUAUGCACCCCAUUUUGGCGGAUACAACGCCGCAGUGCGAGUUGGCCAAGAAUAUGCACGGCGUGCUCGGAUGGAGCUUGAUAUUGAUGAGCCCUCUAUCGAGGCCCUGCAAACGCUCAUGCUACUUUCGCAAGCGGGCUUUCAACUGGGCAAGGGCAAGAAAACCUACAUGCUGCUGACUUCCGCGAUCAGCAUGGCCUUUGCGCUCGAUCUCCACCGCGAGCUGCCGCUUGGGAUGAAAGUUUCGCCCGGCGAACGAGAAGGCCGACGAAGACUCUUCUGGUCCUGCUACCUCAUGGACCGCUUCGCAGCUGCAGGCUCCAAGAGACCGUCAUUAAUCGCUGAUGAAUCGAUUGUGCUUCGCUUACCAUCGUGGCAGCUACAUCCAGGCGGCAUGCUCCUCGAAGGCGACUACUUUCAGAACGGCUCCAAUCUACAAUACAUGGCAGGCUCAGGAAAAGGUGGACAGGGAAGCAUGGGUAUGCUGAUCGGCAUAGCAAAAAUCCUAGGUAUAACAAAUCGGUACCUCGCAGCAGGAGGCGUGAAGGGUGAUUCGCACUUCCCCUGGCACUCGCUCUCCAACCUCUCCAAGAUCCGACAGGAACUCGAUAUCUGGGCAUCCGAAACGCAGGACACGUUCACGUCGAUCGAAGCGCUCUUUGGCCAGCCCGACAGUACUAUAUUGGUGCUCAGCAAGCUGGUAUAUCACCUUAUACAUUGUCUUAUUUAUCGCCCGUUUUUACCGGUAGACCUUGCCGAGCUUUCGGGAACUUCACAGCACCAAUCCUGGCAGAUUGAAGCGACGAAUCUGUGUUUUCUCCACGCGAACGCCAUUGCGGAACUAGUCGAAAUAGGCAGAGCAUCCGCUCUCAUCGACUGGCCUGCCUUUGUGGGUUACUGUGUGUGCACUGCGGGCACCAUUCACGUUCAUGGCGCACAUUACCCCGGACGGGAAGGCGAGGUCUUCUCUGUUAGCCCGGAAUUCUUAUCGCGAGAGAUGCAUCAGUUGUCGGAAUUGCGGUUCAUCUGGGCCGGUGUCCAGCAUCAACGCGAGACAUUGCAAAACAUCUACGGUUGCCACACGGAGCUCGUCAAGUCGCUGGCGAGCAACCCCAUGCGCUUCUCGCCGGUUUUCCAGUUGGAGGACUUCUUCGACCGGUAUCCGGGACAGGUCUUCGAUGGGGCUCACGUCACGUUCAUGGACAUUCAGGUAGAAGUCAUCCAUGAGAGCUUGUCGACAUACAAUAUCGACCAGCGCAACAAUGUGUACAUGAGCAAUGGGAUAUCAAGCGCGAAUUUCUACCCACCACAGACGAUCCCAUCAAAUAAUGGAUACGCCAACGGGCACCCGAACAAGAAGCGAAGAUCAACAGCAGCAAGCUCAUCAAAAACACAUACGCAAGCUGCACCUCCCCCUCUACCGACACCUACAUCGGCGACGCACCCUCCAAUCGUGCCAGCACUAGCGCCUUCGAAUUCAACCGCCGACUCAAGCCACGAAGAUGUUGACGCGACGACAACUUCGCAACCCCCGUUCACGCCUCCUUCUAUCAGCGGGAACCUCAACAGCUCUAGUCUAAACCUCCCCUUCUCUCCCAACUUCUCCUUCUCACCCCUACCACCGAUUCCCAGCCUCCGAGCAACACCAACCCCCGGACCCUCCAACCCGCAUCAAAACCAUAGCCAGGACGACUCUAACGUAGCAUUCGAUCCCAUGCUCAGCAUGCCGACGCCGUACGACCACCCCACGCCAGGCGGUGCGAGCACAUCGGGGUCCGCGCACACAGAUCCAGAUAAAGACCCCUUCUUGAGCCUGCUAGAGCAGCUGGCGGAAAAUGAGGUUAGUCGCGGCGGGCCAUCAGAGCUAGACUUCUUCCUGAGUGGACAGAGUGCGUAGGAAGAAUGCGAUGUUUGCUGCACGCUCUGCGCGAACUUGUCACGCCCGACUAGGGUAGCCCAGCCUUCGCUCUGUAAAGGGAACAUGAGCUUCCGAAUCAGCCAUCAUCGGAGACCGGCUGGUAGAGAGCU